AUGGCGACUGAUCCACACGUCUCCUUUCACCUUGACCAGUGUCAAGGUCUAGAUCCGGAGUCGCACACUGCUCAGAAACUUCACCAUGCUUCUCCACACCAUAUACACAUGACCAAUAGGAGGUUCUUCAUCGGACCGAUCCCCCAGGGCUGGCUGCAGAACCAUCGCAAGUCAUGGUGGAGGACGCGCAUGAAGUUUAGUAAAUAUUCGUCUAAGACGGUUUCCUUCUCUGCGGACCCGGUCAUUGCGCAUUACUCGGAGGAACCUGAGACCGACUCUGAGGAUUCGACGCCAGAACACGAACCAACUACAGACACCACGGAGGAUGAAAGGACAGACAGGGAACAGGAGGAAGAGAGCAGUGAUCUAGAUGCACGCCCACGAAAAAGUCUUCGUAGUGUGCCCUACACACUGGAGGAGGAUCACGAUAUUUCCUGUGUCACUACGGACUCGGAAGCUGUCGUUUCGGAUUCAGGCGACAACAAACGUGAACGUGACUUAGCCUCGUCAAUGAGGAGACAAGAUGGGAGCUCCGCAUACUACACAGCCAGGGAACAGGAACCAAUUGACGGAGGUCAGGCCUCUUCAAGGCCUGGUACAACGGACCCGGAUCAGACCGGGGAGGGACCAAGCGAGCAAACGCUAAGUACCCCUAGCCAGAAUGGAGCCAGUCAGUCAAGUCCCAUGGUACCCGCUAGUGACUAUGGAUCCACAACCGCGUUGCUAAGGCCAGAUUCGAGAUCCAAAGGCAAAGGAAGGCUCUCUGCUCCAUCGUCUACCAACCUUGAACAACAGGAACCUCAGGUCGAGACAUCAGAAGAGGAGCCCCUCCGGAACGGACAUCGACGUCGAUCGAAAAGGGACCAUUUACACCAGCUUUCGAAAAAGGCAGCCAAACACAACCUUGAUGACAACUUGCUGGACAAACAACAAAGAAUAUUGGCUCGAGUGUCGAGGACACAUGCUAAACUCUCACGAACAUGGCCAUACAGGCGGAAAAUGAAAGAAGGAGAGGUCAUAAAAGCCGAGAAAAUGGUUGUUCGCCUAGAGGAGACGGUGCAGGAAAAGCUUCCGGAUGACUAUUCGGAAAAUGACAGUCUGAAAAUGGAAACUAGGGUUGUGGACCAAUGGCGAGAGUACCUGGUGGCAUGCCGUCUCGCUUCUGACGAAGAUGCCCCGUUCUGUCUCCAAAUGUACAAGACCCGUGUUAUCCCCGAAGUGCAGAAGACAGGCACGCGAGUCGCCCCGCAUUAUCAAAUACCCUUGGGGCGAAAGAAAAUGAAUGUGAAUCUCUAUUCGCAUCUGGACAAGGCAAUUGUGCUCUGGGGUCCCUGUAAGCGUGGGACUAAGAUCUACAUUAUUCGACCAAAGUCCUCCGCGCAUGCCGUGGAAUGGUUUACCUUUCUCAGUCAGAUUAUGGGAAAGCGGCGUCCAUCAUCGCUGCCCAUCCAUGUUCCUGAUUUGGGCGUGUCGCUUGUGUUCAACAAUCCUUUCGAACAGUUGGAAGCUGCCCUUGACUCUAAGAGAAAGGGUACUGGAAUCCUCAGUCGUACUGUCGCCCAGGAAGAAUCGCCAGCGACAGCUAUAGUACGUGGAUGUCUGAAGAUGCUCGAAAACCGUCCUGAGUGGGCUGAAGUCUUACAACAAUGGUCCAAGACUGAGAUCAUGGGGCUUGCUUGGAAACGGUACGAUCGCCUGGAAUGGAUCCUGGGCGCUAACGAAGAGAAGAUGUAUGGCUCUCUUGCUAUGCACACAAGUCACGAGCUUGAACUACGUCCGAGACAGCAUUAUCAUACAUACACAAAGCACGAUGGUGAGAGAGAAGAUGAGCCUCAGCCUGUAGAAGGCUUCUUGGUGCGUCUUACAUCCCAACGGGGUGUACAUCAGCGGAUGAACAGGAUGUUCUUUAAGCGGCUGUACUUUUUCACCCAGGAUCAGUACCUAUUCUUUUGCCGGCCAUCACGGUCGUUACCUCCAGCGCCCCCUAGACUUUGCCGCGAUGGGGCUGAAAUGCCUUCAACGCAACAAAUUCUGGAUGCGUCACCUAUUUCUUACGACGUUGAUCCAUACCCACUACAGGACGGGGAUAUCGCUUGGCUGCGGAGUGGCAACAGGGACCACAUCAGAACUCAUGACGAAGAAGCCUUUGUCCAGCGGCAGAGAAACAUCCACAACAUUGAGCACGCUGAUGGGUUCAUUGACCUCGGCAGGGUACAGGAAGUCCGGCAUGUGCAGCGCGAUAGCUGCCCCGCUGAUCCGAACAUUGAAUCAGGGCCAGAUGUAGCAUUCAAUCCCGAAGCAAGAGACACGCGCCGGGACGACGGUGCAACACAGCAAUUCAACGAUGACAGAACCUUUGAGAUGCUUCUGGACAACAACCUUGUGGUCCGUUUCCAAGCAUACAAUGACGUGACUAAGAAGGAAUGGAUGAGACGACUUGAAGCUUUAGUGAAAUACUGGAAAGGCAGAAUCGCGACCGAUGCAGCCGAGCUCAAGGCUCUCAGACAGCGUAACUUGGAACUUCUGGGGAUCGACGAGGAAUUAGAAUCCAUCAUGGGACAGUUCGCUAAGAAGUGGGAGGUCAAGAAGGCGGAAGCGUCGCCUUUGUUGCACAACAUAUGCGUUCUGUCAGACUGUCGGACAAUCAAAAUAUCCGGGCAUCUAUACCGAAAACCCCGUCGCCACUCAACCUUCAAGAGGACCCACGUUGUUCUAACAGCCGGAAAACUAUUGAUAUUCCGCAGCUCCCUCAGAAAGCGGAAUGGCGUCGAAGUCCCCCACAUACACCAAAACCUGGAGACCUCCAUCGACCUCCAAGACUGUUACAUCUACUCCGGUCUUAUGGCAGAGUCUGACCUCCUAUACGCGAACCAAACAUUCGACAGUAACCAUCCAGGCCAUCACGCCCUGCCCCGCGUGUACCUCUCUUCAGACGCAUAUACAAGCAGUGAUGAAGACGCGGCGAUCACCUUCGUUAUCUGGCAGCCACUAAAGAAGAACCUGUUCCGGGCGCGCGAGCACGGAGUCAAGGGCCAAACGAAGCAAAAGAUAAAGCAAGUGUCGACUCUCGGAGUCCACGGGCGGACCAUUGUGUUCAAAGCGCGAAGUCGCGUCGAGAAGGACCGGUGGGUGCUGAGUAUAGCAUCUGAGAUUAAUCGCUUACAGGAGGAUCAACCGGAGGAUGUGCGGAUAGUCACAUAA